GAUCGCUGUACGGGACCUCUGUGUGAGGUCCCGAUUCAUGUGAUCACUGAUUGGCCAAUCAGUGAUCACAUGCAGAGUAGUAAGCAAUAUGUCACUUCUGAUAUCAUUGCUUACUACGUGUGAAAUCUGUGAAUGAUCACAGAGGUCACAUGGUACAGGGCUAUUCACAACAGCCUUGUACCAUGUGACAAGCUGUGACCAAUCACAGCUCACACAGUAGUUCUCAAUGGCUGCAAGAAUGCAGACAGAGAGGAGAAAUGAUUGCUU